AUGGCCAGCCGCCUCGUCUCCCCCACCGGACAGCGUCCGGCACAGGCACAGGUACAGGCACAGGCUGAGGCUGCCCUUUCUCGCCAUGAUAUUCGUCAGCCGCCAUUGCGCUCUUUGCCACCCGCGCAGCCGAACGUCUCUCCGACCACGACACGAUCCCGACAACAUCCCUCGAACACGCGGACCGCCUCGAUCAGCGCAAUCCCGAACUACUCGACGCCCGUGACAAAUCGAUCGCACGCCUCCGUUAUCGCCGCGCCCUCGACUUUGUGGGAUCCCGACCACGUCGACUGGUGGGACAUCGACGACGACUACCUCUUGAACCUCCCCGACCCCUUCGGCACCUCGCAGCCCGGCAGCGCCUCUGUCGACGACGACCUAUCCGCGUUUGCCGAAGACGACUUCUCCUCGCCGUCGAGCUACCCUUCAUUCGCCGAACCGGCCGCGCCUCGAGUCCCGCGCCCGAGCCACAGCCAAACCCGUCCGUCGGAACAGGCUCCCAGGCCGCUGCCUUCGGCGCCGUGCCCCAGCACCUCAGCGGCCCCACGCAACCCCUCUGGCGCCUGUAUCCUCAACCUCAACUUCACUGCACCUCAGCGCUCUACGACCCAACUCUCCUCCUCCACCACCGCCGGCGAGUCUCAGUCCACACUGCAGACCGUCGAUUCCUUCGACGACUCCGGUCUCUUCGACAGCCCUUCCAGCUCUUUUUCCGAGACCAUGCCAGAGACACGCCGAAGGCCUCCGCCGGCCGCCCCUCACGAUGCCGUGCACGCCAAUAAGCGCCGCAGGACGUCCCAAACCCACUCGAAGCCGCCAUCAAGAAGAAAGCAUCAACCACUCGAUUCCAAAGAUGUCGAUGAUUCACUCUUCGAGCCUGGCCAGCGGCCCGUCACACCCGGCGCCGACGCUCGUGCCGGUGAAUUCACCACCAUCGACCUGACCGAUGCAAACGAGGUGCCGGAAGAACUGAGGAAACCGGUCGAGGAUAAACGCAUUAAACUUGCUGCCUUUCAGUGCGUCAUUUGCAUGGACGAUGCCAGCACUUUGACCGUAACGCAUUGUGGGCACCUAUACUGCGCGCAGUGCCUGCAUUCAUCCCUGCACGUUGAGGCAACCAAAGGAAAGUGUCCAAUGUGUCGUCAGAAGCUGGACAUGAAGCCCCGAGAAUCUUACAACGGCAAGACCAAGGGCUUCUGGCCCCUUGAGCUCAAGCUCAUGACAGCCACCCGAAAAGGCAAGCGAAAGGCCGACACUCAGUCGUGA